AUGCUUACAACAGACAAUGCUAAAUUUCAUAUUCGGCUAAUUCCUUCUUAUUGGUAUUAUAAUAAUGCUGAUGUGUCUAAAGAACCUUUUUUAAAAGUAAAUAAAUUUUAUAAGAAAAUAUUAACAGAAGAAACCACUUUUCCUAUCUCUUAUCUAUGUGUAUUUAAUCAGGAUAACCAAGAUUUUCUUGAAAAGAGUCUUACUAUACUUCAACAAAGAAAGAUUUAUGAAGAGCUACAUAGUACUUAUAAGAAGGCUCUUAACAAAGCCUUAAUAAGUCGAUCAAAUUCACAACGACUUAUCGAUCUGUUAAAAGAAUUUACAGAAAGUGUUGAUGAAUCAUCUGAAAGCUCAUCAGAAGACAUAACCAAUAGUGAUAAAGAAAAUAGAGAUUUUGUAUUACAGAAUCCUAAAAAAAGGCAUAGAAAAGGCUGA